CGGGUUUUGAGCCAGUUACAACUUUUCCGUGUUUGCGACAAGUUCACUUCAUCAGUUUGUGCACAAACAGUGAAACGUAGAGAGACUAUGCGAAAACGAUCUUCAUUCAAGAUCACGUUUGCAAUAAUUCUUAUAAUGUUACAGUGAAUCAGUGGGAAAUUUUCACGAAAAGUGUAAUUGUGAAGAUACUGAGAGGAAAACUUUUUUAUUGUGUGUUUGAGGAAAAUAAGUAGAAAAAAACUGGCAAUCAAAAUAUGAUUAACAUGCAACCUCAUCUAAUUAUUCUCUUUGGACUUUUUAUGACUAAUAUAUCGGGAUCGCCUUGGCCAAGAAAUCAAUCGGUGUCUUUUGUGACCAGGAGGACUAGUAUCGAAGAUGUUGGUAGUGUUUCAAAGAGGAGUGUAACAGUUCGCGAUGAUAGGAUGGUGUUUUUGGAUAGUGCAGAAGGAUUAGCAAAUAUCUCAGUGGAUGAUCGAAUUUCAGUUCCCCGAAGGACACGUCCGAGAAGACCACCAAGCUCAAAUUAUACAGGAUCACCAAUGCAAAUCUAUAGGGAUGAUAAUGGUGAGCUAAAGUACAAAUAUGGUACAUCAAAUGAAACGAACACCAAAAAACCAGACACCUCCACUGCAACGCGAGGUAAGCGAGAUAAGAUUUACUUUCCCGAAGAAAACAGAUUCGAUCAUACCCCUGUGCCGGCUAUAGAGAAACCAGAUUGUGCUAAGGAUUCGACAUUUUGCCUAGAAGACCAAAAUUAUCCAGAAUCGCAUAUUGAAUCGCUGCUAGAGAAGAACUACAAGCAAUACGUUGACUUUCUGACCGAGGACUACAUCACUGCCGAUCUCACCCAGAGAAAUGAUAUUCCGGGCGAAGAAAGUCUGUGCGAAAGCUACGAAAAUAAAGUGUAUCCAAAAUCAGCCGAAAACCGAGAUCACAAAUGGCUCUACAUAAUAAAUCAAAGCAAUUUCACGCAAGGUGUUAGGGUGGAGCAGUGCAGAAGAGAGAGUCAACCUUGUUCCCUGGCCUCACUUUUUCCACCUACUUACAUCUCCGAGUGCCGGCAGAAGUAUCAGUACCGGCAAUUGCUGGCACUCGAUGAAAGGGGUGAGAUAAUAAAGGAUUUCUUCAGGUUGCCCUCCUGCUGCAAAUGCUACGUUCGGCAGGGUUAAGGAGAUAUUCUCCCCAGAUUUGUGAUAUAUUACCAUAAAUUUUUCUAUCUAGUGAUAUUUAAGCACCAAGACGCACAAUUUCAACAAUAAACCUAAAUGUAAAGUCUAAGCAAAAAUGAAGAACAAAAAAAUUGGUGUAAAUUUUAACAAGCAUUUUAAGUUAAUAAUUUAUUUAAAUUGUCAAUUUGCUAAAUGCAUUUACAAAUAUGUUUUUCUUAGAGAGAAAAUGUAGUUGAAGUCUUAGUAAUGCCGGUGAAAAUAAUUCUGUUAUUUUUAAUUAGUGUAUGGUUAAUUCAUAAUGCGACUAAUGUAUGAUACACUUUAUUUUAAAAGGUUAAUAAAUAUUAUCCUUACCUUA